AAAAAAGAGACCAAACCCUCCCUCCCCUCAUCCGCAUCGGCGCUCCCUUCCUCUAUCCCACGACGGCCUGCACCGGACGCAACGUGGGAUCCAACUCACGUCCAUGGAUUUGUCUCUCUACCUGGUGCUUCUCUCCAAAGGUCUUCCAUACCGCCGCGCCCCUCGCCCUCUACACUCCCCGCCUGCCAUUCCCUUGUGUCUCAUCCUUGGUAACGAUCGAUCGCCCUAAGCUCUAGAGCCGUGAAUCGGGUGCCCGAUGUGUCUUGACCCCGGAUGAUAACCUGCUCGCCAUGAGCCUCCCUUCUCCCCAGAAGAACGGCGGCAAUAUUGUCCCUCCUCCCAGGCAGAUCCGCUUCGUCUCGACAGAUGGGCAGCCUCAAACGAAACGGCGGCGAGUUAAUGCCGCGUGUCUGACCUGUCGCAAGCGCAAGAUACGCUGCUCAGGAGAGCAACCAGUGUGCAAAACAUGCUCCGAUUACAACCAUGCCUGUCAAGGGUACAGCGAGACGUCCACCCAUACCAGGUCGCAAUCCGAUGUCACUACAAGAAUCCCUACAAUUGCCUCUUUUCCAGCUCCCAAUGAUGCGAUGUCCUCUCGCGCCCCUCGAAAGGUCGCUAGUAGUUCCCCGGAUUAUGCACACCGAGCCCUAGUGCCACCCAGUGAUAAAGGCAAGCCAUCGGACGUGGGCAAGGCGUUGGAGUCGAAAGAGGCAUCUUUGCCACGGGACACCUCUUCGAGAGCUACGAAAGAACCUGAACAGCAGACCACGGGGGAAAGCCCGGAAAGUAGUCGCACAUCACUAAGCUCCAGCGCCCGCACACAUGUUCCCUACUUCAGAUACUUUGGACCGACGGCUAUUGUGCCUGGCUUCAAGCAGAUGGUCGUCCAGGUACGAGGUUCGCGCAAAAGCAAUCCGUCAUUGUCAUCAGAGUCGCUAUCUCCUCUCCGAAGCCCGAAAUAUCCAGUUGUCGGGCUAACCAACCUCAAUUCAUUGCCGGAUAGCCGUGAUAGCCGUGACUACAACACCAUCCCGUUCUAUGACCGCGAGGAUUCCCUUCCUGUCAGCAAUUUGGUGACACACCUUUGCGACUUGUUCUUCGUACAUCUCGGCUGCAGCUUCCCGUUCCUACAGCGGGAUAGAUUCUUCCGCGACCUGAAAGACAAGAAGGUGGAUACCAUGCUCGUGGAUGCUGUUUGUGCACUGUCGGCGAGGUUUUCUCCCCACCCUCUGCUGAGCCCGCCUCAAGCGCCAACGAUCGAUGGCUCCGAACCGCAAGUCGAUAUGAAAAAUUCCAACCGCGGGCAGCCGUUUGCCCAUAGAGCAAUGAGCACUCUGGUGUACUCACUCUCAUGCCCCACUCUUGCUGGUGUUCAAGCGUGCCUGCUGCUAGCUUAUGAGGAGUUCGGUUCGAACCACGAUAGCGGUCUCUGGAUGUAUCUGGGUAUAUCCAUACGGAUGGCCCAGGACCUUGGCAUGCAAAAGAUACAGGGGUUGGAAUUCAACUACGGCCUGAGCGGCGUGACCCCAAACGCAGUCAUGACUGGGCAGGCUGGGAAGCUGAGAGAUGAUCAGUAUGACGAGCCUGAGAUUUCUCCCAGUCCGACGAAGGACGUGCAAGAUAGCGAAGGCCGACGGGCUUGCGAACGCGAGAGAGUGGAUACCUUCUGGAGUAUCUUCUUCCUAGACCGGGUGAUAUCUUCCGGCACCGGAAGACCCGUGACCCUGCGUGACGAGGAUAUUGAAGUCUGCUUUCCGCUUCAGUCGGAAUCCCGAUUGCCCAAUGGCUGGCCAGCGCCGUUUCCUCCGCUCAUCCGCAUAAUCCACCUCUACGGCCGAGUGACGGAUCUGAUCAACGGGAUUCAAGACGUCAAUCAUGUAACAACAGAAACUUUGAAGAGGUUGGCUGGCAUGGAGAGCGACUUGACAGGUAUCUAUCAGCGUCUAUCCCCUAGACUGCAUUUCAAUGCGGCGAACUUCCAGGCGUACGUCAAGGCAAAGGAAGGGACGAAUUUCAUCCUGCUCCAUUUUUGGUUCCAUACCUUGAUCGUUCUACUCCACCAGCCCACGCUCCUCAAUUCGUUCGGUGGAACCAUCCAGCAUCUCUAUCCGAACAGCCGCGAACUAUCCAUGUCCUCGGCCAAAACUAUCGCCGAUAUCUUAUCAUUUUCAGAGCUCGUGGACGGGAAGAGUUUCAUUGGUAAUCCGUUUACAAGCCAGCCGAUGUACAUUGCGGCGUGCGCCUUUCUCAUGGAGAGCGCCUACUACUCUUCGCCUUCUUCCAGAUCUGGCUCGCCCCCCACCCAGGCGUUACUAACAAACCAAACGAGCGGUUUUGUGAUGCCGAACAUGGAUCCGUCGAACGGAGCGGAGCGGAAGCCUACCGCUAAACAUAUUCUCCUGGCAUCUGCAGCAAAGGAGAACUACCAGCGGUGCUACAAAGCUUUGAAGGCGCUUGAGACUUACUGGGAAGGUUCACGGUAUAUUCUUACGGUUCUAGAUCAAAAGGCCAAGGGGAUCGUCGAUCCCCUCCUAUAUACCGUGGAAGAAAUGGAGAACGCAGCCGAUGUGCCUCCGGUUCAACACUACACUGCGUCACAGUGGAGUGCCACCAAGGCGUCUGCAGGGGUGGUCUCCGAGGAAGACGAUGCGGCGGGCGUAGAUGCUUCAUUGGAUGGGAAGCGGUCGCCCAAGAUUGAUACGGGACAAGGUAAGUUUCUCUGCCAUCGCGGUCACAAGCAUGGGCUCAUCUCUUUCCAAGCUAUUGGUUGGGCUUUGACUGGUGCGACAAACUCGUCUCAACCCAACCUGAGUCUGCUGUAUCAAAUGCCUGCCCAGCCGGAGUCCGUGUCGGACAAGCCAACAUACUCAUCCCAGUAUAGCCAUAGCUAUCCCAACCUCCCGGUGCACUCCAGCGGGGGGCAGGACUCACACUCUUACCCACAGUCGCUGGAUCCGUCUAGGACCGCGGAGGCAACGCCCAGUGCGUCAAUGGCACCUGGCUCUGGAAGGUUUUCGCCCCUCGCGACCGCCGGACAGGUCACAGCUUCUGAUGCAAACCUGCUCCUUGGCUUGAACACAUCGUUCUCAAAUCCUAGCACCCGUCCACAAAACCAUCGACCUCCUUACGCCCAGAACCUUGCUUCGUCGACCAGGCUCGAACCUCAGGCCCCGGGUUUCAACUACAGCCUACCCGCCGCGAGCGAGCUCCAGCCCAACGGCAGUCAUAUGGGCCCGAGGACCCCAGGUCUUCAUCCUGGUGUUGAUAUCCACUCCAAUGACGUGUUUAUCGAGAGUCAAGACAUCGACAUGGCUACUCUCCAACAACAGGACCAGCUUCCGUUUGCGUUCAGCGGCGAAAUACUUCCAUGGCUGGAGUACCUGCCACAGGAUGUUCUCAACUACUUUGGGGAACACCAGAACUACCCGUUGAUGAGUCCCGAUGAUGAUGCAGCCCAGGCUCCUCAUUGAAAUGUCUGGCUGUGUGGACUUCACUUGACCGCUCGGCGGUCCUUGUUCAUUAUGAUUAGGUUGGAGGCAUUUCUAGCGCCCGGGGGCACCGGUCACUAUACCGCGAUGGAAAGUAGAGAGGCCCCAGUUCCAUGAUUAUUUGCGUAUUCCUUAAUGUCCCUGGGGGUGUUGCAUUAGCAUGAUUGUUCCUGUUUGUCUUUGUUCCUGGGUUCUUGCAUCAUAGGAGGCGGUCUGCAAUUUCAAUGCGUGUGAGCGUGAUCGUGAUCAAAUAUCCCUUAAUGACUGAUGUACUUGUACUUUGAAAGAAUUGGCCUGUGCCAUGGUUGGUUCUAUCUACCCGUUCCAGCUG